CCGAGUGGUUUUACCUUGCUCAGUGCAAGAGUAUCAAGUUGGGCAACUUUAUUCUGUGGCAGAAGCUAGCAAAAAUGAAACAGGAGGUGGCGAAGGAAUUCAAGUCUUAAAAAAUGAGCCUUACGAAAAAGAUGGUGAGAAGGGACAAUAUACUCACAAAAUCUAUCAUUUAAAGAGUAAAGUUCCCGGUUUUGUACGGAUGAUCGCUCCAGAGGGCUCCCUGGUGUUCCACGAGAAGGCCUGGAACGCGUAUCCCUACUGUAGAACAAUUGUGACAAAUGAAUACAUGAAAGAUGACUUCUUCAUAAAAAUUGAGACCUGGCAUAAACCAGAUCUGGGGACAGUAGAGAACGUGCACAAUUUAGAUCCAAACACGUGGAAGAAAAAAAUCCAUAUUGACAUUGCAGAUAGAACUCAAGUAGAACCAGGAGAUUACAAAGCUGAUGAAGACCCUGCGUUAUUCCAGUCGGUUAAGACGAAGAGAGGACCUCUGGGCCCAAAUUGGAAGAAAGAGCUAGCGACUGAUGAAGAAUGUCCUAAAAUGUGUGCUUACAAGUUGGUGACCAUCAAAUUUAAAUGGUGGGGGCUGCAGAACAAAGUCGAAAACUUUAUACAAAAGCAAGAAAAAAGGAUAUUUACCAACUUUCAUCGCCAGCUGUUCUGUUGGAUUGACAAGUGGAUUGAGCUGACUAUGGAAGACAUUAGGAGAAUGGAGGAUGAAACCCAGAAGGAGCUGGAAGCGUUACGUAACCAAGGCCAAGUCAGAGGAACAAGCGCUGCCAAUGACGAAUGAUGAGGGAUUUGGCCGUCACAUGCAGUGUUGAUAUACAAAUGUGUGUGUGGAUGCAUGAUUAUUUGUAUAUAAUUAUAUAUACGCACAUGCAUACUGAAGGGGGUUGUUACAGUGUCUCCAGGGUACUAUACCUGUCCUCAGCAAAGAUUCAAAGGAAACUGCUUUCAUUCUGUAUACCUGAAGCAAAUAAAAAUCAACUGAGUAGUGUCAUUUAAAGGAUGAAUUAACUGCAGAAUUAUGCUAACUGGUAUGUUUCAUGAAUGUCAAUACUGGACCAACUUAUUCCCUCCUUGUUUUUCUCCUGUCUCGAGUCACUCUGCUAUAACUUGCCCAUCUCUCAUUGUAAAGAAACAGAUUCGAAGAAGUUCGUUUCAGUUUUGUGUCUUCCCUAUGUGAUUAUUUUUGGAAUAGGAACAAUGAAUGUAUUUAUAGCUAUUUAUUUCUGGAUCGUCAUUAUCCUCUAGGCAAAUCAGAAAAAGAAAGAAAAAAAUCUAUUAGUGGAAAUUGGAAGACUUUUACUGUUGAAUAAGUUUAACCCAAACUUUACCCAGUCACUGAUUUAAAAGGAAAAAGAAAUACCGUGUUUUACUGGACUUUUGUACAUUGAAAUGCUAAUGUUUUUUCUUCAUUAAAAUUGGCAAGAUUAAGGAAAAA